AUGGCGGCUGCCAGUGGGCAGGAUGUGUUUAAGGUGGGUAAUCAUCGCUCCACUCUGCACACCUCCAGUGUGGGAAGUCCUCCGUUGCUCCAGAGACCUCCACCAAUCUUUCCAAGGACAAACACAUUGGGUAACACUGUAAAAACACAGCUUUGGAAACCUCCAGGAAAUCUUUGGCUCUGCCCCACCACCAUUAUUCUGGAAACUCUGAGAGAGUCAGCUGUUUCAGGGCAGGGUGAGAUAUCGUGGAUCUCAGCGGUGGCCCUUCAGAAGGUUCAUUUAAACUAUUGGGACUUAUAAGGCCUAGCCUACUCUCAGAAUGUCCAUUCAUAUAAAUGCUCUAUUAAAGCUUUAUCAUUACCUCCAGAGUAUAGUACUUUACGUAUAGUGGUUAAAUGUAUUCUCCUAUAGUGAGGUGGAUUAUGGAUAACAUACACUGAGUGUACAACACAGGAACACUUUCCGAAUAUUGAGUUGCACACCCUUUUGCCCUUAGAACAGCCUCAAUUCGUCAAGGCAUGGACUCUACAAGGUGUCGAAAGCGUUCCACAGGGCUGCUGGCCUAUGUUGACUGCAAUCAAUGCCCGGCUAUGAAAAGCCAAGUGACAUUUACUCCUGAUGUACUGACCUGUUGCAACCUCUACAACCACUGUAAUUAUUAUUUGACCCUGCUGGUAAUCUAUGAACGUUUGAACAUCUUGAAGAACAAUCUGGCCUUAAAUGGCCAUGUACUCUUAUAAUCUCCACCCGGCACAGCCAGAAGAGGACUGGUCACCCCUCAGAGCCUGGUUCCUCUCUAGGUUUCUUCCUAGGUUCCUGACUGUGCAACAGGUCAGUACCUCAGAAGUAAAUGUCAGUUGGCUUUUCAUACCCGAGCAUUCAGAGGUCGAGACAGCAGGUGCGGUAGAGAGAGAGAGUCGAAAACAGCAGAUCCGGGACAAGGUAGCACGUCCGGUGAACAGGUUAGGGUUCCCUAGCCUGCUGGCAGAACAGUUGAAACUGGAGCAGCAGCAUGACCAGGUGGACUGGGGACAGCCAGGAGUCAUCAGGCCAGGUAGUCCUGAGGCAUGAUCCUAGAGCUCAGGUCCUCCGGGAGGGGAGGGAGAUAGAGAGAAUUAGAGGGAGCAUACUUCAAUUCUCACAGGACACCAGAUAAGACAGGAGAAUUACACCAGAUAUAACAGACUGACCCUAGCCCCCCGGCACAUAGACUAUUGCAGCAUAGAUACUGGAAACUGAGACAGGGGUGGGUCGGGGGACACUGUGGCCCAGUCCGACGAUACCCCCGGACAGGGCCAACCAGGCAGGAUAUAACCCCACCCACUUUGCCAAAGCACAGCCCUCACACCACUAGAGGGAUAUCAACAGACCACCAACUUACUACCUCGAGACAAGGCUGAGUAUAGCCCACGAAGAUCUCCUCCACCGCAUGAGCCCGAGGGGGCGCAAGACCGGACAGGAAGAUCCCGUCUGUGACUCAACCCACUCAAGUGACGCACCCCUCCUAGGGACGGCAUGGAAGAGCACUAGUAAGCCAGUCACUCAGCCACCGUAAUAGGGUCAGAGGCAGAGAAUCCCAGUGGAGAGAGGGGAGCCGGCCAGGCAGAGACAGCAAGGGCAGUUCGUCGCUCCAGUGCCUUGCCAUUCACCAUUGCACCCCUGGGCCAGACUACACUCAAUCAUAGGACCUACUGAAGAGAUGAGUCUUCAGUAAAGACUUAAAGGUUGAGACUAAGUCUGUGUCUCUCACAUGGAUAGGCAGAUCAUUCCAUAAAAAUUGGAGCUCUAUAGGAGAAAGCCCUGCCUCCAGCUGUUGGCUUAGAAAUUCUAGGGACAAUAAGGAGGCCUGCAUCUUGUGACCAUAGCGUACGUGUAGGUAUGUACAGCAGGACCAAAUCGGAGAGAUAGGUAGGAGCAAGCCCAUGUAAUGCUUUGUAGGUUAGCAGUAAAACCUUGAAAUCAGCCCUAGCUUUAACAGGAAGCCAAUGUAGAGAGGCUAGCACUGGAGUAAUAUGAUCACAUUUUUUGGUUCUAGUCAGGAUUCUAGCAGCCAUGUUUAGCACUAACUGAAGUUUAUUUAGUGCUUUAUCCGGGUAGCCGGAGAGUAGAACACAGCAGUAGUCUAAUCUAGAAGUGACAAAAGCAUGUAUUAGCUUUUCUGCAUAAUUUUUGGACAAAAGGUUUUUCAGAUUUUUGCAACGUUACGAAGAUGGAAAAAAAGCUGUCCUUGAAAUAUUAUUGAUAUGUUCGUCAAAAGAGAGAUCAGAGUCAAGAGUAACGCCGAGGUCCUUCACAGUUAACAUAUCUUUGUUUAUUGGGACCUAGAACUAGCAUCUCUGUUUUGUCUGUUUAAAAAUAAAAAGUCCUUAUGUCUGAAACACAGGCUUCCAGGGUAGGACAUUUUGGGGCUUCACCAUGUUUCAUCUAAAUGUACAGCUGUGUGUCAUCUGAAAGUUGACAUUGUGUUUCCAAAUGACAUCACCAAGAGGUAGAAUAUAUAGUGAAAACAAUAGUGGUCCUAAAACGGAACCUUGAGGAACACCGAAACUUACAAUUGAUUUGUCAGAGGACAAACCAUCCACAGAGACGAACUGAUAUCUUUCGGACAGAAAGAUUUAAACCAGGCAAGAUCUUGUCCAUGUAGACCAAUUAGGGUUUCUAAUCUCUCCAAAAGAAUGUGGUGAUCAAUGGUGUCAAUAGCAGCACUAAGGUCUAGGAGCACGAGGACAGAUGCAGAGCCUUGAUCUGACGCCAUUAAAAGGUAAUUUACCACCUUCACGAGUGCAGUCUCAGUGCUAUGAUGGGGUCUAAAACCAGACUGAAGCAUUUCGUAUACAUUAUUUGUCUUCAGGAAGGCAGUUAGUUGCUGCGCAACAGCUUUUUCGAAAAAUGUUUGAGAGGAAUGGGAGAUUCGAUAUAGGCCGAUAGUCUUUUACAUUUUCCGGGCGAAGGUUGAGCUUUUUCAACAGAGGCUUUAUUACUGCCACUUUUAGUGAGUUUGGGCACACAUCCGGUGGAUAGGGAGCCAUUUAUUAUGUUCAAUAUAGGAGGGCCAAGCACAGGAAUAGCUCUUUCAGUAGUUUAGUUGGAAUAGGGUCCAGUAUGCAGCUUGACGGUUUAGAGGCCGUGACUAUUUUCAUGAAUGUGUCGAGAUACAGGAUUAAAAAACUUGAGUGUCUCCAUUGAUCCUAGGUCCUGGCAGUUCUGUGCAGACUCAGGACAACUGAGCUUUGGAGAAAUAUGCAGAUUCAAAGUCGAGUCCGUAAUUAGCUUUCUAAUGAUCAUGAUCUUUUCAUCAAAGAAGUUCAUGAAUUUAUCACUGCUGAAGUGAAAGCUAUCCUCUCUUGUUGAAUCCUGCUUUUGAGUUAGCUUUGCGACAGUAUCAAAAAUACAUUUUGGAUUGUUCUUAUUCUCCUUAAUUAGGUUGGAAAAAUAGGAUGAUCGAGCAGCAGUGAGGGCUCUUCGAUAUUGCACGGUACUGUCUUUCCAAGCUAUUCGGAAGACUUCCAGUUUGGUGGAGCGCCAUUUCCAUUCCAAUUUUCUGGAAGCUUGCUUCAGGGCUCGGAUAUUUUCUGUAUACUAGGGAGCAAAUUUCUUGUGCCAAUUUUUUUCUCCAUCUAGGUUAUUAUGCAAGGUUAAAUUAAGAUCCUCAGUUAGGUGGUUAACCGAUUUUUGUACUCCGAUGUCCUUGGGUAGGUGGAGGGAGUCUGGAAGGGCAUUUAGGAAUCUUUGGGUUGUCUGAGAAUUUAUAGCACAGCUUUUAAUGAUCCUUGGUUUGAGUAUGAGCCGAUUAUUUGUUGCGAUUGUAAACUUAAUAAAAUGGUGUUCCGAUAGUCCAGGAUUAUGAGGAAAAACAUUUAGAUCCACAAUAUUUAUUCCACGGGACAAAACUAGAUCUAGGGUGUGACUGUGGCAAUGAGUAGGUCCGGAGACAUGUUGGACAAAACCCACUGAGUCGAUGAUGGCUCCGAAAGCCUUUUGGAGUGGGUCUGUGGACUUUUCCAUGUGAAUAUUAAAGUCACCAAAAAUUAGAAUAUUAUCUGCCAUGACUACAAGGUCCGAUAGGAAUUCAGGGUGCUCAAUGAGGAAUGCUGUAUACGGCCCAGGAGGGCUGUAAACAGUUGCAAAGUGAUUAAGUAGACUGCAUAGAUUUCAUGACUAGAAGCUCAAAAGACGAAAACACAGUCAUUUAUUUUUUCUACAUUUAAAUUUGCUAUCGUAAAUGCUAGCAACACCUCCGCCAGUGCGGGAUGCACAGGGGAUAUGGUCACUAGUGUAACCAGGAGGAGAGGCCUCAUUUAACACAGUAAAUUCAUCAGGCUUGAGCCAUGUUUCAGUCAGGCCAAUCACAUCAAGAUUAUGAUCAGUGAUUAGUUAAUUGACUAUGACUGCCUUGGAAGUGAGGGAUCUAACAUUAAGUAACCCUAUUUUGAGAUGUGAGAUAUCACAAUCUCUUUCAAUAAUGACAGGAAUGGAGGAGGUCUUUUUUCCAGUGAGAUUGCUAAGGCGAACACCGACAUGUUUUGUUUUGCUCAACUUAGAUUGAGGCACAGACACUGUCUCAAUGGGGAUAGCUGAGCUGACUACACUGACUGUGCUAGUGGUAGACUCCACUAAGCUGGCAGGUUGGCUAACUGCAAUGCUUCCCACAGUUGUGUCAAGUUGGCUGGAUGUUCUUUGGGUGGUGGACCAUUCUUGAUACACACGGGAAACGAGCGUGAAAAACCCAGCAGCGUUGCAGAUCUUGACACACUCAAAUCGGUGCGCCUGGCACCUACUACUAUACCCUGUUCAAAGGCACUUACAUAUUUUGUCUUUCCCAUUCACCUUCUGAAUGACAAACAUACACAAUGUCUCAAUUGUCUCAAGGCUUAAAAAUCCUUCUUUAACCUGUCUUCUCCCCUUCAUCUACACUAAUUGACGUGUAUUGACAUCAAGGUGACAUCAAUAAGGGAUCAUAGCUUUCACCUGAAUUCACCUGGUCAGUCAAAUUUUUUUAAUUUUUUUAUUUAUUUAAUUUUUUUAGUCAUUUAGCAGACGCUCUUAUCCAGAGCGACUUACAGUUAGUGAGUGCAUACAUUAUAUAUAUUUUUCAUACUGGCCCCCCAUGGGAAUCGAACCCACAACCCUGGCGUUGCAAACGCCAUGCUCUACCAACAUCCCUGCCGGCCAUUCCCUCCCCUACCCUGGACGACGCUGGGCCAAUUGUGCGCCGCCCCAUGGGUCUCCCGGUCGCGGCCGGCUACGACAGAGCCUGGAUUCGAACCAGGAUCUCUAGUGGCACAGCUACUGCGCCACUCGGGAUGACUAUGUCUAUGUCAUGGAAAUAGCAUGUUUUGUACUCUCAGUGUAUUGAAGAUUAUGACAUUAUGACCAUAGUGUUUCUGCAGGGUGUAUGUGUGCAUGUGCAUUGGAUUGGCUGCUGUGGUUUUCCAGUCAGUGCUUUUAACAGUGCUUUUCUUGUGGUUAGCACAUGUGUGCAAUUUAAACAUAGAGCCAAAUUGAGCCUUGAGUGUGGUUUUCCCCCCACAUUGGCACUUUAUGCAGACUGAUGUUUAGAUCAAUCAGCUCUCUCAUGGAAGCAGGAGUUUCCUAUUUUUGACACAGUGCUUCCUAGAUGUGGGCUGAGCAAUGUGGAUCAGAAGACUUUGAUUCAGCGACAGUUUUGACAAAAUUAAACCAUGGACUGGAUUCCGAUCUGAUUGUAGUCACAGCAGUGAGUGUUUUGGCACACUUGCAUCCCCACUGUUUCAAAAUACCAGGGGUUGUGGGGAGAAAAGGGAGGUGCCUUUAACCAUCCAGCGUCAGUGUUAGUUGUGCAGCUCAUAAUUGGUGAGGUUAGCCAUUGAAAAAAGCUGAUCCGGGAUGAGUUGGUAUCAGUAGUGAGUAACCUCUUCCCCCAUCUCCUUUCAUCAGCUGAGCUGGAUCAGGACGUCCUGUCUUCUCAGCACAACAGGAAAUUCCGCUUUGACUUGUCCCGGAUCCCAGAGGGAGAAGUUGUCUCCGCUGCAGAGUUCCGAAUCUAUAAGGACUACAUCAGAGAACGCUAUGAGAACGAGACCUUCCAUGUGAGCGUGUACCAGGUGCUACAGGAGCUCCCUGACAGGUGACGCCUCAUCCAUUAAUCUUUGUGUGUGUGUGUGUGGCCUUAUAAAACGGUAUACUACUCCCUGAAACAGCAGAGACGCCACCUUGAACAUAUAGAGCACCCCCACAAACACCACCCUCAAUGCCCACACCUCCACCAUUCACUUAAUCCCCCUUCUCCAUUACCUAACACCCCUCCCUCCACCCAACCCCUCUCUUCUUGGAGGACAGACCACACUAGGCAUUUUGAUUGUAGUGAACAAUAGUUGGAUUUCUCCAACUAGUAAAAACACCCCCUUCUCUCUAACACACACACACACACAGCUUGUCAUGCUAGGUGACAUCAGAGCCCAGUCGUGUGUAGGCAUGGCCUGUCCCACAGCGGUGACAGUGAGGCUAUGAAGGUGCUGAGAACAAAAGCAUUGUCAUUCAGAGACUCGUAUGCCUUUCGUACAGACAAGGCAGCAAGACAAAGAGACAGUCUGAGUAGUAAGCCUGGGGGCCUGAAACUCAAUCUGUAAACAAAGCCAUUGUCUGUGAGAUAUGCCCCAAUCAGUCUGGGAAUUUUCAUCUGUGAUUUAAGAGAUAGCUCUUUUAAUAAUGGCUAACUUUGUUGUGUAUCUAACUGUGAGACUGUAUGUGCUGUGUAUCUAAUGUUAGUAGUCUUUGUGCCCCGUAGUGAGGAGUACCUGUUCCUUCUGGACACGCGGGUGGUGUGGGCUGCAGAGGAGGGCUGGCUUGUGUUUGACAUCACGGCCACCAGUUACCAGUGGGUGGUGAACCCAGACCAGAACCUGGGCUUGCAGCUGGCUCUGGAGAGCAUGGAUGGUGAGUCACUGUCAGAGAGUUAUAAGGGUAAGGGUACUGUAUGGCCACUGGUCCAACUGGUACACACCCACCACAUAAGAUUGAACUGAAGCAUACCAAAAUCAAAGAUUAUGUAUUAUAUUGACAAGAUAUUCGAGUGACCGCUCUAACAAUGGAAAUACAUAUCCUCAAUGAUGGAAGGGAGGAGAGAUCAGAUGGGACCAUUCUAGCUAAUGAGAGGGCAGAUACGCGUGUGAACAACAGGCACAACUAAGUUGUUUCUCUCAAAGUUGCCGGAAUGCCACGUGCAUCCACUUAUAUCAGUACAUUUGUAACAGCCUAAACUUCUAUUCGAUAAAAUAAGCCUCACGUAAUUCGACACUCUCUCAUAGACCUCCAUUCGAAAAAGGGCUUAUCUCACACGGACAGAUUUUGGGCAGAGUAAAUUGUCUGGCUUCACCUCUCCCUCUCUGCCAAAAUGUACCCUGGACUGAAGUGUGCAUGUCUUUCUGUCUUCCCCUACAGGUCAGAGUGUGAACCCCAGGCUAGUGGGGCUGCUGGGGGGCAGUGGGCCCCAGGACAAGCAGCCCUUCAUGGUGGCCUUUUUCAAGGCAACCGAGGUUCGCCUCCGCAGCGUCCGUUCUGCCCACGGCCACAAGGGGCGCAACCCCAACCGCUCCAAAAAACCCAAGACUGCCCAGGACGCACUGAAGGUUGCUGAGGCUGCAGCAGGUACACAAAUGGAGCACCCACUUGGAGCACAAUGAAUCAGUCAUCUAGCCACUAGAUCCAUACACAGACAUCAUUUGAUAAACUUGUUACACAAUGAUAGAAAAAUGGCUGCUCCUUUGACAUGUUAGAGUACUUUGUGUUAAUAAAAGCAUUCAGGCUAUGGAUAAUAGAUAGCAGAGAACAUCUCUAAUUUGGAGUGUUUAAGGGACAGUGCUCACAGUUGAUUGUGUUGAUUCAUCUGUAUGAUGUUAAUUUCCCCCUUUGUCUUUCAGAGAACCUCAGCACAGACCCGAAACAGGGCUGUAAGAAGCAUGAGCUGUAUGUCAGCUUCAGAGAUCUGGGAUGGCAGGUACAGUACCAUGACUCCUCCUAUCACACACGUUCUGUUCUGUACUGUAAUGAUCUGAGCACAUCCUCCACUUUCUCUGUUCACCCACUUAGAUAGGUGUUUGACUUGACUAGAUUCAAUGGCAUCUGCAUCUCCGUUGGUUGGAUGUACUAUUGUUGUAUGAGUAAUAUGACUCAUUCCUUUUUUCAAUUGUCCUCUCAGGACUGGAUCAUUGCACCAGAGGGCUAUGCAGCGUACUACUGCCAGGGCGAAUGUGCCUUUCCCUUGAACUCCUACAUGAACGCCACCAAUCAUGCCAUUGUGCAGACUCUGGUAAGAAUAUUAAAAGUUUUCAUGAAUCAUAUCAUCAUAUACAUUUCUGAGGCGGUUGAAUAUGGCAUUUACUCAGGGUUUCACUGUAGGGUCACUAGCUUCAUUGUAAAUGUAACCAUUCAGCAGCUGAUUGAAAUUCUUAAAUUCAUUUUGUGAAAUCAAAGCACUCUUUGAUGUCCUACAUCCUGUAAGUAUCAACACACAUUUUCCCACACUCUUGAAUCUUUCUUAUUUGUGCAUGAUUUCCCUGAUAAUGGUGCUAUAUUCUAUCUCCCCCAGGUCCACUUCAUAAACCCAGAGACAGUGCCCAAACCCUGUUGUGCCCCCACCCAGCUCCAUGGCAUCUCAGUCCUCUACUUUGACGAUAGCUCCAACGUCAUCCUGAAGAAGUACCGCAACAUGGUGGUCAGAACCUGCGGCUGUCACUGA